GCGUGCGCGGCGCGCAGCGCCGACGGGCCCAGCAACAUGUCCUACGUGAAGGAGACCGUGGACAGGCUGCUCCAAGGCUACGACAUCCGCCUCCGCCCCGACUUCGGAGGUCCGCCCGUGGAUGUGGGCAUGCGGAUAGAGAUCGCCAGCAUCGACGUGGUCUCGGAAGUCAACAUGGACUACACCCUGACCAUGUACUUUCAGCAGUCCUGGAGGGAUAAAAGGCUCUCUUAUUCUGGAAUACCUUUGAACUUGACUCUGGACAACAGAGUGGCCGACCAGCUCUGGGUGCCGGACACGUAUUUCCAAAAUGACAAGAAAUCAUUUGUCCACGGGGUGACAGUGAAAAACCGGAUGAUUCGACUCCAUCCAGAUGGGACAGUUCUUUAUGGCCUACGAAUCACAACCACAGCCGCUUGCAUGAUGGAUCUACGCAGAUAUCCCCUGGAUGAACAAAACUGCACACUAGAAAUUGAAAGCUAUGGAUACACUACAGAUGAUAUUGAAUUUUACUGGAAUGGAGGAGAGUCAGCAGUAACAGGAGUUAAUAACAUCGAGCUCCCACAAUUUUCUAUUGUGGAUUACAAGAUGGUAUCAAAGAGAGUGGAAUUUACAACAGGAGCAUAUCCUCGAUUAUCACUUAGCUUCCGGCUUAAAAGAAAUAUUGGAUACUUCAUUUUGCAAACCUACAUGCCUUCCACGCUGAUCACAAUUCUGUCGUGGGUGUCUUUUUGGAUCAAUUACGAUGCCUCCGCAGCCAGAGUUGCUCUAGGGAUCACAACUGUGCUGACCAUGACCACCAUCAGCACCCAUCUCAGGGAGACUUUGCCAAAGAUUCCCUAUGUCAAGGCAAUCGAUAUUUACCUGAUGGGAUGCUUUGUCUUUGUGUUCCUGGCCUUGCUGGAAUAUGCCUUUGUAAACUACAUAUUCUUUGGGAAAGGACCUCAACGUCAAAAAAAGACAGCAGGCAGGGCAGGACAUGCUACAGGCGAGAAGAGCAGACUGGAAACAAAUAAAGUCCAGGUUGAUGCCCAUGGAAACAUACUUCUCAGACCACUUGAAAUACAAAAUGAUGUUGGCAACUCAGAUGUGUUCACGAGCCUCCGUGACUCCCGAGCCACCACGUACACGUACGACAUUGCCAACCUGCAGUACAGAAGAGCCACUUCCAGCAGAGACCUCUACAACAGGAGUGCUCUGGACAGGCAAAGGCUCCAUAAAAAAGGACACUUACGCAGGAGGACAUCCCAGAUUAAAGUCAAAAUCCCUGAUUUGACUGAUGUUAACCUGAUAGACAAGUGGUCCAGAAUGGUCUUUCCCAUCAUGUUUAUUCUUUUCAAUGUUGUUUACUGGCUGUAUUAUGUCCACUAAAUUAUGCAAUAAUGUUACUACCGACUAACAUAAUUAGACUUGUUUCUUUUCCUUCUCAAUUUCAUUAAUUCUGAAGAACUGCAGUAGCUAUAAUGUUCCAUGUUCAACAUAAGAUACUCUGCCACGGAACACUUCUAGAUUUGAGCUUUAAAAAAAUACAACAACCCAACAUAAAUCUGGGGUCACAACAUUUACAUCAGUUUAGUACAGAUCAGGUCUGAAGGAGCAUCUUGAGAAAAAUCGCUCUACCUUGAUUUUUACAAAGUUUAUGCAUCAUUCAUGACCUUUCUGUGCUGAAUUUACUUUUUUUAAGUGGAAAUUUGUCCCACUGUAUUUCUUAUCACAUAUUGGCAGCUCACAGCAGCAUGCUUCCAAACAACACAGUCAAACUACUAGUAGUACCUAUGUCACUGUCUUUCACCAUUUAGAGUGUAGAGAAAUUUGAAGAAAUUACAGUUUAAAGGAUUAUAACUAUUGCACCAUGCUUCACUUCAGUCAUAAUAGUUAUAAUGGGAAGUAUUUCCAUAGUGUGUUUGAGAAGUAUCACUCAAGGAGAAGUCAAAUAACAUUUUCAGAGGCAGAGAUCUUCAAAAGAAAGAAAGGGUGGCAGAGAGAAAUCCCACUGAGUUUCCAAGCAAGGAAUCAGCUGAUUUGACUCAAAGGAAUUCUGUUUUUUCCACAAAGUUGCAAAGUUGACAUUUAUGAGAAUUGUGCCAUAUGUAAUUUUAUAUUAAAAAGUAGAAAUCAAACACAUAUUGAAUCCUUGAAGCAACUCUGAGGGUUAUCCCAGGCCAAGAUUUUUCUUGGGGCCCAGGUUUCUUUUGGCUGGUAAUUGCAGUAUUCUCCCACAAGUUGGUAGAUGUCUGGGAAGAGAUGUGAGGAAAUUCCUGCACACACUUUCCUUCAGAUUUCUUUAUUCCAGUGACAACCAGGAGAUGCAGCAGAGUCUUAUGGCACACUGGCAAUGCUGGCUGCACUCCUCCUGAGGAGCUGCCUCUUCUUAAAUGGCUGCCUAUUGCCUGACACAACUCCAGCCGAGGAGCCACAGGCAAAGGGCUAGCAACACCCAUGCAACCGACAAGCAAUAGGUCGGUCAUCUUCUAUCUAUGUUCAAUCCACUU